AUGAGCAGCUUGGUGGAGCGACUUCGGGCAAGGACAGAGAGGAGGCGACUAUACGCCGAGGACGACUCGGAUGACGACGAUGUCUUCAUGGAGGCCGGAGGCCGCUCUGGUCCUGUUUCCGCUCCCGAGAAGUACGAACGUAUUGUCAGGGCUGACGCGGUAUGUUUAGGCAGUUAGGGCCACGAUUUAAAUUUCCUUCGGUGUUUCUAUUUUUAUUUUUGGAUAUGGUUAAUGUGUUUGAAAUUUGUCGUGAAUCAUGGCAGUCGAGCUCUCCAAUGGUGUUCACGUCUUUUUAUUUGAAGCCACCAGCUCUUUAGACGGGAAUCGCUGAUAAGCUUUGAAUUCGCAUUAUUUUGAUCUGUGGCGCAUGGACAUGCAUAUUUUGAAUUAAAAAUAUAUUUUAAUUGAUACUUCUUGUUAUUUUCUGUAGCAACGGAUAUUUGAACCAAAGUUCACUGACAAACGCUGUGGAUUUUAACUGGAGAAUGUCUAAUGCAUGGUUUUGGUGGUAAUCGGCGUGGUUUCCAGUAUUUUUGUUAGAGUUGGCGACUGCGUCGAAACUUAUUCCCCGUUUUGGUUGACAUUCUCCCUUAGAACUUUUUUUGCAGUAUCGAGAGAGUUUCCCUACAUUCAGAAGGCUAAAUAAAGCCUUAUUAUAACGCUGGUGGCUGGGGUGUUUCUGGAGAGAAUUACUUACUUCACUAGCAGCCAAUGUCAAUCCCUGCCAUGGCUUGCCCCUACCUAAUAUAGGCCCAUGAUACCUUAUCGCAGUCCUCAUUUGUUUCUGGGUUCUUUCUCCCUUUGUCUAUUCUGACUAGAUCCAUCUACUGGAAUAUAAUUAACACCACAUCCAUUGAACUAAGGGCUAAACAGAUCAUCCUACCUAACGUUUGUAAAAAGUAAAAUUCUAUUUUGCCCCAUACAGAUUGAAUAUGGCUUCUAUGGUCAUUCCGCUUCAAGGAUGCUUUCUGAAAGAAAAAGACCUUACUAAUGCAUCGGUGUUGUUUAUAUCAACUCUCUCUCUCUCUCUCUCUCUCUCUCUCUCUCUCUCUCUCAUGCAACACACAUAAUAUCGUUAACAUUAAGGGCCAUGCUCCCAUUUGGCUGGAACGAAAAACUUUGAUGUCCACUUCUUCCAUCUCUUGUUCUUUUCAAAUGCAGAUUUCACACGUUUUCCGGCGUGUAAUGAGGAAAUGGCUGACAUCUAACAAAAAUAAGUUGCUCUUGCAUGGAUUUAGCCCUUCAAUCCGUAGAGACUUCCAUUUCAAGUGACAAAGCUUAAUGCUGUGACGUAAUUAAGACGGAAUAUCUAUGUGAAAUACAAGGAAACGAUGAAACUUCAAAUUUUCACCUGAUAUAUUCACAUGGUUGUUUCAGAGAAGAAAAAAAGAAAUAUAAUAAGAAAAUGAGACCAUUUUCUGGAUCUGGAUUGAACUAUAUGUUGUAUUAUCUGCAGACGAAAAACAUUUGUUAUUGGGAUUAAGACCUGCAUGUGACAUAAUAGAAGAAUUUACCUAAGUGGAAACUAGAAAGUACUAUCACAUGAAUGUCCUCAUUUUAUAGGUAAAGUCUAUGAUAUGCUAUCACUGAAAGAAUGCUAGGCUGAUUGAAGAUCAAAGUCCUGGUGGCUCUCUUGCAUGUUAGUUGGCGUGAUUUUUUGCCUAUCCGAUCUCUACCUGAAUGAAUUCCUGUUUGUAUGUUCAGAGAGACGAACUAUGUCACGCAUGUGGAGAAGGUGGGAAGCUUAUCAACUGUGAAACUUGCACCUAUGCUUAUCAUCUAAAGUGUACACUUCCUCCUAUGAAAGUGGCUCCUUCUGGCAACUGGAAAUGCCCUGAAUGCGUAUUACAUGCGAACUCUGUCAUUUUCAUUUUUGCUUCUGAAUUUCUAGUAAUGCUGUUGACUUCAAAUUUCUGCUUUUUCAGGCGAGCCCCCUGAAUGAAAUUGAGAAGAUUUUAGAUUGUGAGAUGCGUCCAACUGAAGUAGAGAGAAGUGAUGCUUCAAAACCAACCUCUAAGCAGAAGUUUGUCAAGCAGUACCUUGUCAAAUGGAAGGGAAUGUCUUAUCUUCAUUGCACAUGGUAGUUGUUGGAUCUAAUCCUUCCUCAUUCUUAAUAUCUAAUCCUGACUCUCAAAAAAAAUCUGAAUGCUUGUGGCUCACUUGGAAAUUAUCUGUAUUUGUUUGUUCAAAGAAUCUGGAUCAUUCUUCACAAUCAUUUUAAUAAUAUAGUUAAUGUACCCUAGUUCUUUUGAGAUGCUCAUAUUCAUCAGACUCGGAGUUAUUUAUUUGCUUCAUUUACUUAACGUUACUUUGUUCUGAAUUUCAACUUUGUUCACAACUUCUCAGGGUAUCAGAGAAGGAUUUUCUAAAAGCUUUCAAGGAGUAUCCUCGACUAAAAACCAAAGUCAAUAAUUUCAAACGUCAAAUGGACUCACUGACGAACUCUGAGGAUGAAUGGAUUGCGAUUCGGCCCGAAUGGACUACAGUUGAUAGAAUAAUUGCAAGCAGGUUUACAAUUUUGUUACUGUCACACAUUGUGUCUAUGCCUUGUGAAUAAUAAACUAUGCUGUAAUUUAGCAUUUCAGAUUUCUUUGGAAUCAUUAUAUAUUUGGUAGAUUAAUUGUCCUUUUGUUUGAGAUUGAAAGACAAUGGCUUGUUACGAUUCUUCUAUUUUCAAUUUCUGAUGUCACUAUGAUAGACUAAAUGCCUGAAUGUUUGACAUUCAAUGAAAAAAUUGUUAAAUCAUUUGCUGAUUAUGCUUGUCAGGUCAACUGAAUAUUUUGUGGUAUCCUAACAACUUUAAAAUUAAUGAGUUAACUUAUAGCCUAGAUUUUAAUUUUCAGAUGAUUUAUUCUGAUGUCAAUUGUUUAGCGUUUCAGUUGAAACAACCUAAUUUGAACAUUUAAUGAUUGUUUGCUCAUUCAAAUUUGUGAACUGAUUUAUGAUGAUGUUGGAGUUCCUUCUUAUGUGAGUGAUGUACAAUGAUUGGAAGAGUUUCUCGGAGGUGUAUUACUUUUGGGUUGCGAGUCAGAUGGAAGUUGAGAGUCAGCUAGGCCUGAUUUAAUGGAGACAUUGAUUGGAUUGGCCAGAUGAGCCAUUCUUUAAGAACCUAGAUCAAAGUAUCAUGAUAAAUGUAAAUAUAUGUCAAAAAUAUAACAAUAGUUAGGUUUACAUAAAUAAUUAUUAGAAGAUAAAAAUGAAAAAUGAUAAAGUAUUUCCUGAAAGUGAUUAAUUCCACGUAAUCAUUGAAUGGAAAUCCUAUUCCAAAUGGCACAUGCCGUUCUAACUUAAAGCUUUUGUAAUCAGGAAGAGCUUUAUUCCUCAAUCUUGAGAGGGUUGGCGACCUAAUAUGGUCUAUGUAGAUGCUAAAAUAAUAUGCGCAGUCUCAUUGUGAGAUGAAAACUCUCAUACUUAAGUCUUGUUCAAGUUAAUGCGUAUGUACUGGUUCAUUGUCGAUGUAAGGAAAGAGAUGGCCGGUAGAGGGGGGAAGGAUUGGUGGAAGCAGAAGAUGGAACAUAAUCAAAAUAGACCAACUGACAUCACAGGGCAAUGACCCUUAGCAGUGGGCAAAAUAACUAUUGAUGGCUGCAACAAGUAGUGGUUUUGCUUUAUUUUCUUCAUAUUAUCCUCGGUUUCCUUUUAUUCAUCUGUUGCCUUUUUUUCAAUUAGUAGACCAUGCAAUCAAUCCCUUACAUGAUCAGGGAUGCAGAUAUUUGAAGUGAUCCUUUUAAAUCUCUAAGCCUUUUUUGGGUCUGCAUUGUUCUCAUUAAGACAACUCAGACUGAUAUGUUCUGAGUCGACUAACCUAACCACACUUUCUUUUAGUUGUUGGGCAAUGUUAUUGAGAACUGAUGUUCUCUCCUCAUGGUGUAAGUAACUCAUAUUGAAAUACAAGCAUGGUCUUAUAUCAUUAGACAGUGUACUAGUUUUUCAGCCUUUCCAUCUCCGAUAUUUUUAUGCUCACAUAGAUGAGGCUACAAGUGCUAAAGAUCCGACAUUCUAUGGAUGAAGUUAUUUGGCUAAGAAGACACAGAGCGAAAGAACAGUUUGCAAGAUGUUAUUGAUAGUGGGAUGGAUGCGAAUGCAUGAUGUAACUUAACCUCCUUAACUGUCUGCUUUAGUCAAUUACGGUUCCUGAUUCUGCUUCAUCUCAUCUGGGGUUGAGAUACCCUACGACAGGGCGCAUUUUGUGCUCGAAAGUUUGAAUACUUUCAUUUGAAUGCAUUAUAUAUCACAUUUAUUAUUUGAAUGUAGUAUACAUCACAUUUAAUUAUGGAACAUGUCCUACUUCAGUGGGGUGGCCUUAGGAGUAAUAUGAAAACAAUGGUUGAAAGGAUAGCUUGGAUGUUCUACAUUUUAAUUAUCUCCUUCCUUGAAAAAGAGAUGUUUGUUUAUACAAUGACUCAUAGAUGUGUGGACCUAAAAAGAAAAUGUGGAAACUUUUUCUACAGUAUUCUACAGCAUAAUGAGUGACGAAAUUAUUUCAGGAGAAGAGGUGAUGAACGGGAAUAUUUUGUUAAAUGGAAAGAACUUCCGUAUGAUGAAUGUUCUUGGGAAUUCGAAUCGGAUAUUUCUGCCUUUCAGCCUCAAAUUGACAGAUAUAGCCUGAUUCAGUCAAAAGCAUCCAAGACAUUUACUAGGCACAAGAUUUCCACUCGCACUACCAAAGAAUUGAAACAGAAGCAGAAAGAAUUUCAACAAUACGAACAUAGUCCAACAUUUUUAUCUGGAGGUGCUUUUCUCUCAACAUUAUUUUGUGAUGUAUGGCCUUUUCAUGUCCUGUGGAUUUAGUUUGAGUUCCAUUCCGUAUUUUUGUAUUUGUUUCUUGUUUCUCGUGUAACAGUCAUGGUAUAUCCUUAUGAUUUUGCUCUGUUGAAGGCUCAUUGCAUCCCUAUCAACUGGAGGGUUUAAACUUUUUGCGGUAUUCAUGGUCCAAGAGUACACAUGUUAUCCUGGCAGAUGAGAUGGGCCUUGGUGAGCAUUUCCUUCUAUCUGUUACUGUACUGGUCAGUAUUUUAUAACCUUUGAUGGAGAGCAUGAAUGAUGCAGGAAAAACGAUACAGAGCAUUGCAUUCCUUGCUUCCCUCUUUGAGGAAAAUAUAUCUCCUCAUUUAGUAGUAGCACCUCUUUCUACGUUACGCAAUUGGGAACGUGAAUUUGCAACUUGGGCACCUCAGAUGAAUGUUGUAUGUGAUUUGAAUUUAAUUCCCAUUCAGGAAAUAAUUUCACGAAUCAUUCUUGGUGAUAAUAUUUCUGACUCGGGUUAAUUUGUCUGUAGGUAAUGUAUUUUGGGUCUUCUCAAGCUCGCUCUGUCAUCAGGGAGUACGAAUUUUUCUAUCCGCAGGAUAAAUUCAAAAAGAACAAGAAAAUGAAAUCUUCCAAAGAUCUGAAUGAGAAGAGGGAAAGGCAGACGAAAUUUGAUGUUCUUCUAACAUCUUAUGAAAUGAUUAACAUGGAUUCAACAUCCUUGAAACCAAUAAACUGGGAAUGUGUGGUAUGACCUCUACUUUAUUUAGUUUGGUAGAGAUAUAGUAGGCUGUAUGCAAUUUUUGUAUUAGACUGAAAUCUUGAAUUGGGUAUAGUGACCCGCUAUGAGUCUUCCAUUAUUCUCUUUCUUCUUCAUAUUAUCCUCUACUUUUUUGGCUGAAGAACAAAUCCCAUUUUCUCCAAAAUUUCUCCUGAUUUUCAAUAUAGGGUUGUUCUGAUUCAGUUGGCUGAUUCAAGUUUGAAUUGGUUUAUUCUGUCUUCCAUUCUAUUUGCAUAUACUAGUACUGAAGUGCUGAUCAUUUUUCAUAUAGAUUGUUGAUGAGGGUCAUCGGCUUAAGAACAAAGACUCAAAAUUAUUUUCUGCGCUGAAACUUUUUCCUUCCAAUCAUCGUGUGCUUUUAACGGGAACACCUCUUCAGGUUCGUACUCUUUCUUUGUUUUAUAGUUAUUUAAAAUCAGUUGUUUUGUAUCAUGUCCUUUUGCAUUGAUCCAAGGACAGUGAGACAGAUAGGAUCUGUGUCAUUUAACAGAGAUGCAUCAAUCCUUAAUUCUGUAGUAUGACGUACUCAAAUUUCAGUGCUCAUUAGGAAGAGAAGAUGGAGGUCUUCUCCCUUUUCCCUCCCUCCAUCCUCAAAGACCACCUUAGGAGGAAGGACCCUAUUCCACUGCUCGUCUUAUAUAUAUAUAUAUAUAUAUAUAUAUAUAUAUAUAUAUAUAUCAUUUGAAUGGAGACAAUUAGAAGAUUUCACUGACAGCCAGUUCGAAUUUUUUAUUUUAUUUAAAGAGGCAUUUUCUGAAUGGAGACUUUCAACUGGAAUGUGGAAAGCUAACCUCUAUGCGCAAAUUGUAUCAAUCCACCACAGUUUGUAUCUCAUGGCAUGAAAAUAUUUAUAUCUGUCUGGAAAUUAUUCGCUUUCAUAUGACAGUUCUGACACUCAGAAGGUCAUUCUUAUUCCUUAACUUCCACGGAUGUUAUACUAUCAGUUCUGACGUACUGUCCACUUUCCUUCGUACAAGUUUUCUUUUGAACUAACCGAAUAUAAGUAUUUCUUACAAUCGAAAUCUAUUGAGUUUGUCAUUACAUCCUCUUACUAUAUUGUUAUUUAGAUUGCAGGGAUAUUAUCUUUUAACAUCUUCGUUCAUUUUUAUUAUAUGGUUUCAGAACAAUCUGGAUGAGCUAUUCAUACUUAUGCACUUUCUCGAUGCGGGAAAGGUUAGUGCUAAUCCAUUUACUGUCCCUGUGAUGUUGCAACAUUCAGUUAUGGUAGAUGACUCCUAAUCGCAUAUCUAGAGCCGUGCUUCUUUUUUCUGUCUGGAGAUGGUUGAAUAUGAGAUGAAAGGAGCAAACUUAAACACAGUUGAUAUCCCUGCUUUCUUCAGUGAUUUUUAGAUUUCAUUAGAGAUCAUCACUCAAAGCCUGCUAUGUCCGAAAGGCUUUGUUGAAUUAUCUAUGAUCCCUUGAAAGUACUGUCUGAGUAAGGGAGAAGUUUAUUAGCAGUCAUAUGGUGCCAGCUUCGUUAACCGUACCGAAUGCUAGUUAUUCAGAUUUUUUUCAGUAUGUGUACUGUGCUUGACUCUGUAUAUUUCACAAGGUUGUACUUGAAUUGGGCCUUUCAGCGAAAUAGAAAAAAAACUUUUUUAUCCGUGCAUGUUUUCCUUGUUUAUCAGACCUUUUUCUGAUCCUUAUUCUCUGAUCCCUGUUAAAUAUGCUUCUAGUUUUCGAGUUUGGAAGAUUUCCAGAAGGAAUUUAAGGACAUUAACCAGGAGGAGCAAGUUGCAAGGCUUCAUAAAAUGCUAGCUCCACAUCUGCUUCGACGUAUGUUCUCAUCAGUACUUCUUUAGUUCCAUUAAAUGCUAUUUUACGUGGAAACUUUGUUUCUACAUGGGAAUAGCUAAGUGAUUUAAUAUGUCUUAGUUAUUUACUGCUUUCACAUUUAUACUUCCGUUCUUUUCUUUCUUUGCGCAAUAUUUUUCUGUAUUUCCAUUACCUGUCCAAAGUGCACUUUCUUUGCGAAAACUAGAGGUCGUUUGUCAAAUUGCCAGGUGUUAUGGUCCUCUUUUUGAAUUUCCUCUCGAUUGCAAUCUGAUUAUACUUGUUGUCUUCUAGGAAUACUUCUUAAAAUUUGAUGCGACAUUGAGGUCAUACCUAGCAGACAAUCUGAUUAUACUUGUUGUCUUCUAGGAAUACUUCUUAAAAUUUGAUGUGACAUUGAGGGUCAUACCUAGCAGACAAUCUGAUUAUACUCUUUUCAAAAUGCUGCACAUUGCUUCGUUACUAAGUAUUUUAUAACAUGUACAGGGGUAAAGAAGGAUGUCAUGAAGGAUCUCCCUCCGAAAAAAGAACUAAUUUUGCGUGUUGAAUUAAGCAGUAAACAGAAAGAAUAUUAUAAGGCCAUUCUUACUCGCAACUACCAGAUUUUAACCCGGCGUAGUGGUGCGCAGGUAACCUUUUGCUCUUCUAGUGAAACAAGUUUUGUUGUUGGGUAUGUAUUUAAGCAGAGUAUUACUCCAUUUAGAUUUCUCUUAUCAACGUGGUGAUGGAAUUGCGCAAGCUUUGUUGUCAUGCAUAUAUGAUAGAAGGAGUUGAGCCUGAAGUAGAGCCUGAAGAUGUCAAUGAAGGAUUGAGGUAAGUUGAUUUAAUUUGGUGUUUUACUCUAUUGUUGGUUGAUCUGGUUUGGCAUGUUAACAGUGAGUCUGGUUUGACAUGUUGAAUAUUCACAAUCCAUUUGAGGGUCUCUGAUGUACACAUCGACGAUCCAGGUUGAGAAACAACUUGGUAAAAAGUGAUAUAAUUCAUUAUUUAUUAUUAACAUUUAUGUUUUUUUUAUCUUCUCCAAUUUUAAUUCAUGUAUCAUGUUUAAGUUGAUGAUAUCUCUAGAUAUGUAAAUAGCUGUGUAGAUCCUGAAAUUAAGGUGAUUCACUAUUUGUAUUUUAUGGCAGGCAACUCCUAGAAUUUUCUGGGAAGAUGCUGUUGUUGGAUAAGAUGAUGGUAAAACUGAAAGAACAAGGCCAUAGGGUGCUUAUUUAUUCACAGUUUCAGCAUAUGCUGGACUUACUAGAAGAUUACUUAAAUUACAAGGUAUGGAAUUCAGUGUAGUCAUUUGCGUCUAAUUUUAGCGGGAAUGUGUUUGAGUUGUGUGAUCUUGUAUGUCGCCAUUGUAGGAUAGAGAAUUUUAAUGGGCCUGUUGAUUGACACUAUUUUUACUUUUUUAAAGAAAUGGAGCUAUGAGCGCAUUGAUGGAAAGAUUAAUGGAGCAGAAAGACAAAUUCGUAUUGACCGCUUUAAUGCCAAGAACUCAACUCGGUUUUGUUUCUUGUUGUCUACCCGUGCUGGGGGAUUGGGCAUAAAUCUAGCGACUGCAGAUACUGUUAUCAUAUAUGAUAGGUGGAAUUCUGAUUUUUUUUCUUUUUUUACACUCAAAAGGCGCUUCAGUUGUUAUUCCUUUUUUCUUUGAUUUCUAUUUAUUGGUGGAUCCUUUUCUCCUGUGCAGCGAUUGGAAUCCUCAUGCAGAUUUACAAGCAAUGGCUAGGGCACAUCGACUAGGCCAGACUAACAAGGUUAGGUGGCUUGUAGUACAUCUUGACAAGGGGAAUAAGACUCUCAUCACAGGUCAAUGACUCGGUGUCCUGAUUUCUUGCUACAGGUGAUGAUUUUUAGGCUUAUUACGCGGGAUACUAUUGAAGAAAGAAUGAUGCAGUUGACUAAGAAGAAGAUGAUUUUAGAACAUCUGGUGGUUGGGCGACUGAAGGCGCAAACUGUGAACCAAGUAUUGCUUUAUUAUAUAUUCAAUAAGCGAAUACAUCGGUCGUUUAAGCGCGAUUCAUGCCAUUCUAUUUAAAUGAGAAUCUAGAGUGUGUUGAUUCGUACAAAUUGACUAAUCAAUUACACUUCUCUUAAGUAUAUUUCCCACUCCAAAGAGUAGUGUGGAUUGGCUUAGUUGAAUUCUUUUAGUUUAAAAUUUUGGAAAUCUAUCUCAAGUGUUAGCUGUUUUGACAAGAGUCAUUUAUGUGGUUGACAUAUGGUAAACAUCAGUGUUAUUUGGAAAAUGUGGAUGAUAUUUAAUCUGCCACCAUGAUUUUAAAAAUAACUUGAAGUAUGAAGGUUCCCAACCGCUGUAAUGACAAUAUUGUUAACACUUGGUUUGCAUAACUCUAGGAAGAGUUGGAUGACAUAAUCAGAUAUGGAUCAAAGGAGUUAUUUGCUGAUGAGAAUGAUGAAGCUGGGAAAGCACGCCAGAUUCACUACGAUGAUGCAGCAAUUGAAAGGUAUGGUUAUGUCAGUAAUAUUCCAUUUCAAAGUCAUUCUUUGCCUCGUAUUUCGCUAAAUCCAAAUUCUAUUUUUUUAAUCUUUGAUAGACUACUUAAUCGUGAACUACUUGAGGGUGAUGGAUCCGCUGUUGACGAUGAGGAGGAUGAUGAUUUUCUCAAGGCAUUUAAGGUUCUGUUUUCACUUAAUCCGUUUGAUGGACGGUAUUAUUUUAUCUAUGUUUCUCUAUCUCUCCCUUUUUGUGUCCAGUUAUUAUUGUGGUUUCGUUACCUGGUAUUGGAUUUUCCUAUGUCAUAUGUGUUGGCUAUCUCUUCCUUAGGCCUAUAGAUACUGGCACUGAACUACUCAUUUCUUUGCUUCUUUUGUCCAUAUAUCUGACGGUUCAACUUAGAACCGUCAUCUUAAUGACGUGCAAGUUUAUUACCUAGAGGUGUUUAAACAAAUUGGAGUGACUGCUUGAAAAUUUCUCAAUUAAGGCUUUUCCGAAUGUAGAUGUCUCUGAAUAACGUUGUGGAAAUGGGUCGACUAAGUCUCAUGUCCUUGUAGCCUGUAUUCUCAAUUGAAUGCAUAACAUCAGCCUUGGUUUCCAACUGUGAAGGUUGUAGUUGAUUCUUGCAAUUUAUCUGCCAUAGCAAUGAGUUUUCGAAAGUUAAUCAUCAUGUUGGUUGUGAUAAAGAGGAGUUUCUAAUUGCAUAGAUUGUGCUGCAAUUUGGAUACAUCUUCCUUGUCUUUGGUUGGUAUAUUUAAACUUACUCACAUAAAUGUUUUGAUAGGUAGCAAAUUUUGAGUACAUAGAUGAAGUGGAAGCUGCAGCUGCAAAGGAAGAGGAAGAACGAAGGCGAUCUAGUUUGAACAAGGCUUCUGAUUCCAAUGUAGAAAGAGCAAAUUACUGGGAUGAAUUGCUCAAGGACAAAUAUGAAAUGCAUCAAAUUGACGAGCUUUCUUCCCUCGGCAAGGGAAAAAGAAGCAGGAAACAAGUAAAUCUUCUAGUUUCUUUCUUGUCAUUAUCAAUAUAUUUUGAGUUUGUUUCGUUGUGAGUAAGUGAAGUUAGCUACUAUGGUUAGUUUAUUUUAGGUCUGUGAACUUAGCUAUCAAUAUAUUUUGAGUUUGCUUCCUAUGUUAGAGCUGCAACCUAUACAUUUUUCUUGUAUCUGUUGUAUGCUUCAAUUUUGUGUCUAUCUGUAGAAUAAAGUCAUACGAAUUGGAGGAAACCGAUUUCAAGGAAAAAUUGUUGCCAAAGAGAUGCCUGAAGUUAGGAACUGUUGAAACAAGAAAACUUUAGUUAGGGAUUGUAGAGUUGAACAUUAGAGCAGUCUUGGGAGGCUCAUUCGGAAUCGUCUCCCAUUUUUUGUGCUUGCAUAUGUGAUCACAAAAUAUGUUUUGCUCUUAUAUUUUUAUUGUAGUUAUUUUGAUCGGGUAUGAUUAUAAUCGUUUUAUUUUGAUUAUCCGCUGCACCUCCUGUGCUUGAUGGUACUUUUAUUACUCUUGAACAGUUGAUAGACCACAUUUCUUUUGCCAUUAGCUUUUCUGGGAGAAUGUGGUUGCUCGUUCAUUGGUGGAAGAUUGUUUGAAGAAAUUAAAAAAAUGCAAGGAAACGGCAUGCAUUUCAUGCAGUCUGAUUGAUUAUCUCGCUUUAAAAAAUUGAUAAUAUCUGUAAAAACAUUGACGUUAGAUUUGGAGGAAGUAUAUCCAGAUUGUAUGCUACACCGUUAGGGAAACGACCUUCUGAAAUGGGUGAAUAUGUUUUUUUUUUAUUAUUAUAGUUGGGCACACAGAAAGGAGCUUCUGCGGGAACUAUAUGAGCUUCCAAAUCCAUUAGAACUAAUUCAUUCUUUUGAUUGCAUUAUUAAUUAUCAUGUUUACCUUUUGAUAGAAAAUGUUUCACACUUUCAUUGAACGAGUUAUUUCCUUCAAUUUCUAUUGUCAUUGAUUUUUUUUCUUUAUUUUUCCAUUUUAUUUUAUUUAUUUAGAUGGCAGCUGCGGAAGAUGAUGACCUCGCUGGACUCGAAGAUGUUAGUUCUGAAGAUGAGGACUAUAAAUACGAAGAUGAUGUGUCGGAUGUUGAUGCUGAUGCAUCUGGCAGUUCAUCCGCAAGAAGGGCAUACUUACUCAAGAAAAAAGCUCGCUGUAGUUUAUUUUCUUUCCCUUGACAGUUCAUAUCAUUUUUUUUAGUGAUGAUUCUGUUUCUGAUUACUCCUGUUCCCUCACAACUGUCAAAUUUUCAUUUCAGUGGAUAAUUCAGAUCCACUUCCGUUGAUGGAGGGAGAGGGAAAGGGUUUCAGAGUUCUGGGGUUCAAUCAAGGACAAAGGGCUGCUUUUGUUCAGAUCUUAAUGAGGUGCAUUAUUGGAAACACUUAUUAGCUAGUCUUUUGGUUAUUCAAUAGAAGUAUGUUUUUUUUCUGGUGGUUGUUUUGGUUUAUCUAAAUGCUCUCAUUACUUUCUAAUGUUCCAUUCUACAAUGUGGCUGUCUGAAGUAAAUUGUUAUCUCAGGAUCAAUGGCCGAGCCAGAGCAUUUAUUUUACCUUUGGGAAAAGUUGCAAAUGCCAGAUAUUGUAGUUAUUUUUGUCACCCUUUCCAGUUUCAGGUUUCUCUGUCUAUAUUUUUCUGUAUUUGUUCUAUUUGUUAAAAUCUUUGAGUGCUAAAUAAAAAAAAUUGAAGAUUGAGGCAAAGAGUUCAUUUUCUCUGGUUGAUCCAAAGUUACUGUUGUGAAAGUUGUGCUGAAACUAGGUGGAAAUUCUUCUCAUGGGGAGAGAUGCAAGUAGCUCUCUCAUUUUCAAUAACUACAUAGUUGGAAUGCAGGGGCUGCCUCUCUGAUGUGUGAUUGUUUAGAGUUGGCUGGAGAUCUAAUCUCUUACUGUAGUUUGCUGUUUUUGAGAGAUGUUUUUGUUGUGUCUAUGGCAUGUUUAGUCUCGUGUUCUUAUUAGUUGGUGCUUACACUUGAGGUUCAUUUGAACUAAAGCUAUUUCCACCCUGCAGGAGAGGGUGGAAAUAACUACCUUCCUUCAUUCAACCUUUAGGUUUAUGGGAGCAAUCGGACUAGCAUUCCAUCAAGGUCAUGUGAACGAUGGUAGUUUAUGCUUGAUCUACGUAUGGCUGUGGGGCAGAAGCAUUCUCAUUUUUUAUACAAGUGUAUCCUGAUCCCUUUCUCUAGUGGUUAGCAUUUUUAUAUUAUGGCAGUCUGGGAAUUGCCUUCUGUUCUGGAAAGAAUAUUAUUUAUUGGGUCAUUGAUCGGGGUUGACCAUGUAUCAAAUGUGAUGGCUUUGACUCCCCUAACAAUGGACGUACCGUAUGGAUGGAGGUAAGAAUCAGAUUUUUUCUAAGGUUGAAUAUCCACCUUAGUUAUCAAAUUCAAGACGAUGAGCCACGGCAGUAUUAAGGAAGAUCCAAGAAAUAAGAGACAGAAAAGCAAUUAGAAUCUAGUGUUCUUCAUACCCUGAAUGAACAGCAGAAAAUUUUCGCAAAAUUUCCUAUUUUUUUUCCUUCUGACCAGUCAGAUGGUCUAGUCUUUGUGGUGCAUCCUCUAUGAGAUGUGGAGUUUCUAAUCUGUUGAAUUUCACGAUUUAUUCUGCACUUCCUCCUCACGAUUUCAAGGAGUACUGAGUUUCUAUUUGUGGAUCUUCUUUUCUGAAUGUGGGAUGAGGUCGCCAUUAUGGACAUUUUGGAUGGUCUUCUUUGAGGUGGGAUAAGAAUGGCCUAUGCAGACAAAUGACGAUAUUUUGCGGUAUUAUUCUAUGCAAUUGUUUGUUCUAUUUGGGAAGCGGAGAGAGGUUUUCCAGCUGGGAGAUGGAUAUUUUAAUGGAGUGGGGGGCCAACAGCUUUUUUUAUGAUCUCUUAAAGUGCGGACUAUCUUUUAUAUGGAAGUUGGACAUCACAACCACAACAAAGACGUCUAUCAUGGUUGGGUUGCAGUCACGUUGGAUGUUUUAGGUUUUUACGUAGAACUACUGACAAUCUGAUAGUACUAUGUAUAUUAGCGGAUACUAGGGUGUCAUUUGCAUGUUUGUUUGAUCUGGUACUUUAUCUUUACGCCAAUCUUCAACGCGUUUUGUUCUUCAAUUCACUUUCCAAUUUGUACUUGUAUCCCUUCUUAUCUUCGUUUUGUCUUGUAGGUUUGGUUUUGGGGAAUUUGAUUGGAGCGAGUUUCUUCCCCGAAUGAAAGGAAAGAGCCUUGGAGAAAUUAAAGAGUACGAAUUUGAGGAACACAAAAUAUGUUCUUUUGUUUUUCAAUCAGUUGAGAUUCACAUAUUUAUUGAAAAUAAAGUCUAUCCUUUACUCCCGCCAAAUUUAAGGGUUGAACUGACAGUAAUAACGAACAUUUUGACUUGCUCUUGAGUAGUUUAUGAUAUUUCAUAGACAUCAGUUUGGUGGUUCUUUUUUGUUAGGAAUGUAGCUUGCCCUUGUCUUCUUACCAGGCUUGAAAUUAUUAUUUGUCUUGACUAGUAAACUAGUGAGGAUUUGAAUGCUGUUUACUAUGCAGUACGUUGGCGAUCAAGAACCAUAAAACUUUAGAAUAAUUUAAACCUGUCUCUCGAAAAAACAAAAAAGCUCCCAUACAAGAAAAACCGCGGCUGGUUUGUGAAUAGUACUUGCGUGCAUCUCAGUGCCCAGUGAUUCUCAAAGAAUUCUAUGUUAUCUUUUGCCAGUGGGACCUUCUUUUUGCCGCUUGAUUUAAGUGAUAAUAUAUGGAAGUCGCAAGGUCUUGCAUUAUCCUUAGAUCUAGAGAGACUAGAUUUUGUUUUAAGCGGGCGCGAUCAGUUAGGAUAAAUUUCAUUCUCUGUUCUUCAAGAAUUCAUCCAGAUAUGCUAUCUAGAAUCAACAACACACUAGUCACUUUCACCAUUGCACUGUCUUGUCACCGAAAUCCUUCACUGAAUUUGCUUCGAGGAUAUCUGCUAUCUUUCAAGCGCCAUGCAAACAUUAGCGUUCUUCAGGCUUAUUGAAUUGCCAUUUCCAAUCUGAACCGUCCAUUUUUAUAUUUGAGACAAGUACCACACUUGAUGAUUUCUACUUGGUCACCAUUAGUAAAUCAUGGCAAGGUUAACUGAUUGAUGUUUUCCCCCUUGCUUCUUAUUGGUAGGAUGAUGUAUGUAGGCUCCAUUGAAUACCGAGAGGAACUUAUAUGCAUUUUUGACUAACUACUCAGUUGAAUUGUCGCAUAUUGACUAUUACAAAGUAUCACAUUCUUUCACCACAUAUCCUAUCGUACAAGAAAACGGGUGUUUUUGACAGUUAUACGUGAAAGUAAGAACUGUCGUUUGCACGCAAGUUGUUUCAUGGUUUUUUUUUCUCACAGAUAUGGGAUGCUGUUUAUGUCUCACAUUGCUGAAGACAUGACUGAAUCACCUACAUUUUCAGGUUAGCUUGAUCUCAACAAACCAUAUAAUCGUAUCAUACUGAUUUUGAUUUUAUAUUGUUUUCAUUCUUUUUGUUUAGAUGGUGUCCCAAAAGAAGGGCUGAGAACUGAUGAGGUAUUAGUGAGGAUUGCAAGUUUGCAGUUGAUAAAGGACAAGGUAGACAUGACUUACCAAAAUCUAUUACGUCGAUACUGUCGUUAUUUGGGAAUCAAAUUUGUCUUUAUACUGUGUUUCAAGCGCAGAUUAUCCACGUAUAAUUCUUUCUUCAUCUAUCUUCCUGAUUGCUAAGCCAUCUCCAAUUUGAUUGUUCUCGAAUUUUCGUCCUUUAAGUCUCUUUUCCUGUGGUUUUCAUACCCUAUUUUACUUUUUUUUUUCUGUUUCAUCUGAUUCAAAAGUAAGAGCCGAUCUCUGUGGAAAUAUAUGCAUUAGUCUUCUGUAGGUCUAGGUAUGUUAAUAGUAAGAGGCGUGGCUAUGGAUAGUCAUCUGAGCAUUUGGUCCCUGAGAAAAGAAACUGAAAAGCAUGAUAAAAUGUGCAACGGCUGCAUGUAAAUUCAGUAAAAGGAUUGAAUAAUUGGCCAACUUGAAUCAAUAAGAAACUUAAAAAAGAUGAAAAACCAAGCCGGAUUCCUGGACUGGGUUGCAACUUUAGGCCAGUUCUGGAUUCGCUCGUAUCAGUUUUUUCUAUGAACCCCAUGUAAAACGUUAUCCAUGAACCCCAGCUGAUCCAUUUGCUCAUUAGGUAUUGAAACUGAAGCAAGCUUGCUUGCUUGAUUUGGGAGAUUAAGCGAGGAUCAACACAAUAGGCUCGGACAUUCUGAAUCCUAAGGAGCUAUGUUCUCGUUUGACUGUUCUACGUUUAUCACGCAAACGAUCAGAGAACCAUGUACACACCCAGCCCUUUGUGUGAGAAAGAUGAAAGAGCUGUUCAUUUCGUGUCUAAGAGGCUGUCAGGAGAGCUUAAGCACGAUCAAAAAUACCAUUUCUUACUUAUAGACAGGGCAAGUCUUUGGAUAUCUUUAUGAAGAGCCUCCAUGUACGUGUUUUCAUUCUCAAUAGAUGCUUUUGGCAAUUCUGUAUCUAUCCCAGAUUCCCAGGAGCACACCGUUCCAUACUUGGCCGUUCACCUUCCUAGUAUGGCCUAAGCUGUUCCCCUAUAGGACCUCUAUCGAAAUCCUCCAUAUCUCCAAACCUGCCGUUCUCAAAUCAAUGUUCUUCUGAAGCUUGCAGACGUAAUACGACCUGUGAAAAACAGUGGCUCUCUCACUCACCUGUGAAAAACAUAGGGUUAUCUCGCAUGACAUUGAUUAGCCCCCCCCGUGUGAAAAUAUUGAUGGGCUUUUAUCACAUAUGCGUCUGAUAGAUUAGAGAAAAUUUAAUUUUCUUGAAUUGAUUGGCUUGCUAUCUGCAUGAUAGCACUAGUCCAUUUAUUACGAUUUCUUUGUCGUGACAGGUGAACCUUGUAUCAGAAAAGCCUGGGAUUCCUCUUUUCUCACAAGAAAUAUUAUUGCGCUUUCCUGGGUUGACUGGGAGAGUAUGGAAGGAGACACACGACUUGUUGUUGUUGAGAGCUAUUUUAAAGUACGUCCUCUCAAAGUUUCUUUUUUUUUUAUUUUUUAUUUUGUGUGAUCAAAUAAGCAGCCUUGGUAUUUCAUAGACAUUGAACACUCUUUUCUUUCUUUGCAGUACUUGAGCUUUACAUUCCAUGUUGAGAACGUAACAUUAAAAUAGGAAUAAUGAAACAGUGGUGUAGAUUUAUCUGUGAUAAAAAUGCAUUGAGAAAUAUAAUAUAUAUAUAUAUUUAUAUAUAGCUUUUCUUCUAAAGCAAUAUGCUCCAGAAUUGGUGGAGCUUACUGGACAAAAGCGAUAUAUUGGAACAGUUUAUUGAAUCCUCAUGUAUUGCUUCCCUUGUAAAAUAUACCAUGUAUUGUCAGGGAUCCUAGCUAGAUAGGUAGCAAGUCAAAUCAUGGCUGUAGUUUUGUGGUAGUCUUACUAUAUGCUAAUUAUCAUUUACUGAUUCACUCUGACUAAAGGUCCUGUUCAGUGGAGAAUUGGUCAUAAUUCCUUAGGUAUUUGCCUGAAUCAUUUGAGAGUCUAUGCCCUCUCUCUCUCUCUCUCUCUCUCUCUCUCUCUCUCUCUCUCUUGCUCGCUUGUGUGUGCUUGUACUUGUAGAAUGAUAAAAAAACGUGAGUAGAUUCCCCGUUUUUCUCUCUUUUUCUGCUUCUUGCUGCAUUUCCAUGUAUUCGAAUAAAUAUUUCCCGUUGACCGCCCCAAUUUCGUAGUUUCUAAUCUGUUUCGUUGACUUUAAGGCACGGAUAUGCAAGGUGGCAAGCUAUUGUUGAAGAUAAGGAACUCGGGCUUGGAGAUAUUGUCCGUCAGGAGCAGAAUCUACCAUCUGUAAAUGGUUCCGCCCCUGGAUCCAAUCAGAUCAAUGACGGGGCUGCCAACGGGGCGCCGCCAGCGGGAGGAUCUGAUAACCCGAUGCAGGGAGCAGCUGCUGGAUCCCUGCCAGAUGCUGCACCCGAUGGAACUCUGGAACACUCCAGAGGAAAUCAAUCACUGCCAGAUGUCGCUAUGUUGUAUCAGCUCAGAGAGCUUCAGAGGAGGAUGGUUGAAUUCAUAAGAAAAAGAUUUCUGCUUCUGGAAAAAGCUAUACAUACUGAAGAAUUUCUCAAGGAAAACUUGGUACGUGGAGAAUUUAUUUAUUUAUUUAUUUAUUUAUUAUUAUUAUUAUUUGCGCCUAUCAUGCGAUGGUUAUUGGCGAAUUACUUAUUUCCACUAAUUGGAUUAUGUGAACGUCUCUUCUUGGUCUUCUGCUUGAAGGGCAAUGCGAAACCGUCUGGGCCCGCAGCUGAUGACACCGAACCGGAGCCGGGAGUUCCACCUGAUCAAUCCACAUGUGAUGCCCAUUCUCAACCUUUGGAUGGGUCAACUCCACUGCAACCUACGGGUAACAAAACCCUGUUCUCACCUCGUUCUCUACUUUUUCAUUAAUCGUUAAAGAUUACUGUCCGUCCCAACCUCACAACUUCAGACACGGUUCCCUUUUUAGCCUUGCUGACCUAAUAUGGGACGUUGACAAAGUGCCAUGGCUGCUCUCUUGACCCACAGUUCAAGGUUCUUCACCAUCUUGGUCUCUGUAGACGUAUCUGGCCAGCUUCUCACAUAUGAUCAUUCAAAGGGGAGCCCAAUGUUUCUAUUGUUCUUCUCCUGACCCCGGAUUUAAAGUCGUCGCUGACUCUAGCAAAACCCUAUCCUGCCCUGAAAAGUUUCCCAGCAAUAGGAAUAAACUUACCGCAUAUAUCUCCCUAUCGUGGUCCAAUUCAUCCCUUCAAGUGCACGUAUCUGCUUACGAGAUCAUUUCUUUACGAGUAUCGAUGCUCCGCAGGAUCACUGAAGCCCCCCAGCGAGAACACAGUUGACGAGCAGCAGAAGCCCCAGGUAAUCCCAUCAACAUCACACUCAAAACUGGUCUUCCGCCCUCCCCACACGUAGCCUUCUAAGUGGCUCCCCGAUCUGAUCUUCCAGAUGGGCAAAGCGGUGGAAGAGGAGACACCCCAGAAUGGAUCCGAUAAGAGUGUCAACGGCCGAGCGCCUCCAGAGGCUUCUCCCGAUCCCACGGCAGGUGGUGUGGGUAAGACCGAACCAGAUGAGGACGCCCAAAGAGGAAACACCGUUGACUCAGAGGUGGAUAGGAAUGGCCUCCCAAUACCGGGCCCCACCGUUUCUGCGGACCCACCGGGGGACCCAGCUGACGUCAUCACAUUGGAUGAUUGAACAGGUGUGUGGAUCUUUGUUGCCCUAACGACGACAAAGUGUUCGAGUUUUGUACAGGUUUUCAAUUGCGUCUAACCCGAGACGCCGCCUCUCCUCUUUCAACCUCUGCCAGUAUGGAUCUGAAGACGUCUCCUCGGAGGUUUUGCUUAAUCGAAAGAUGCCCUAUAGCUUGUUUUUCUUUCUUUGAUGAAUUGGGCCCGGCAACAACCCAGAGAGAGAGAGAGAGAGAGCUCCGAACCCUCACCCUCGCCAGACAUCAGAAAGAGAUGGCGGAUUGCGAGGCUUUCUAGAAGGGAACGCAAGGCCAGGGUUCUUCCCCCUUCGCCUGAUGAGGAACAUUUUGCCAUUUCAGGACAAAAUGCAGGUCGUCUCCCCGUGCUUCGGCAGGUGCCCAUAAAGUACUAAUUUUGGGACACUUCUAAUUCCAACGACUGCCAGCUGAAUGUGUUAGGUCUGGUAUUUAUUUCCCUUUUUGGGUUUUGGAUUAGUGAAAAGCAGAACACUUCUAGGCCAGUUUAGCAACCAGUUAAGAAUAAUUACGUCGCCUCACCUCUCUCUCUCUCUCUCUCUCCUCCCUCUCUCUCGGUCAAACUGAGUCAACAACAUUUUUAGUAUGACAGGUGAAGCGGACUGGGGAAAAGUUGAGUUAAGCAACGUCAUUCGAGUUUAUCCUAAGCCAGGGGACACGUAGGUCACUCAGCUAUCCGAGCUUGAUAAGCUCGGAUGGUUAAGUUAUCUCGGUUGACAUUGGACGAGCUGGCCUAUUCCAGUUCUAGCUGAUCAUCAUCAAUCCGCUUCGAUGAUUUUUCUUCAUCUUCUUCCUUCGAACAGAAGCAGGCAUGCACAGUUUAAGGAAAUGCAUGAAAACAGGCAAAGAGGGCUUUCAUUCAGCCAUGGUGGUUCUUCUCCUAGCAGGGGGGAAAGUCAAACCCCAUGAACAGCUUACGAUUCCUGCAAAACUGAUGAUUCUUCCACGAAGUGGCGUCUUCUUUAUUUCGCUUCCAUGUUUAUUUACAGAGACGGAAGACCAGCGCCGCCGCCUUCUGGCGCGGCGCGUCUACUUGCCGAGCAGCGAUUUGAACCACCAGAGUCCCACCGUGUCCUUGGGGCUCUCCGCCGUCUCCGGCGGCGGAUCCAGCUGCGGCGUCUUGUGGAGCUUCCCCACGUCGUACCCCACCUCUUUGGCCUUCUCCACCAGCUGGUUGUACACCUCCUCGUCCAGCUGGGUUCUCCUGCUCAGUAUCUACACCACCGCCACCAUGAAAUUUUCCUCAAAGAAGAAGAGAGAGAGAGAAAGAGAGAGAGAGAGAGGAGAGAGAAGAAGCAGAUGUAGAAGAGGGGGCAUACCCAGAGAUAGCGGCGGCUGGGCUGGCCGAUUAGGGCGUACUGGUAGUCGUCGUCGAUGAAGAGAACCCAGUAAUCUCCGACGACGGGGAAGAUGGGGAGGAAGGGGGGAACGUAGAACUUGACCUUGAGCUUAGCCUCGUCGCUGUUGGGAUCUGCCUUGUAGGCGCUGCCCUCGAUGAAGCCCCUCUUUCCGCCGCUCCAGGUCUCGUUGAGCACGUGGACCGUGCCGUCGGCGUUGAGCGUGUAGGUGGCCCGCGUGCCAGUGCCGUUCUUGGGCUGAAACCUCGACGGGAACGAGGCGAUCUCGUACCAUCUCCCCAUGUACCUCUCCAGAUCCAGGCCUUUCACCGUUUCCAUCUCUUUCUUCUCCGCCAUGGCCGCUCUUCUCAGAAGCUUUGCUGAUCCGGCUGUGCCGCCUGUCUGGGAAGGGCAAGAAUAAGAAGAAGAGGAAGUGGAAGGGGAAGGGGUUGACGUGGCCGAUAGAGAGCCCUGCGUAAUAUGCUUGUGGGCGAAGGCAGGGGUCGUGAGCUUCGCCUGUCGGACUCGUCACGUGGUCGCCGACGGCGAGAGAUGUCGUGGGCGGUGGCCGGAACAGGUAGCGCUCUCAUCUAUCUACGAGAACCUUCUCAUUUUAUUUUAAGACCUUAA